UGUGCUGAUGCUGCUGCUUUCGGUGAUGGUGGUGUGUGUCUGUCUGUUAUUACGUGACAGACGGCCCGGGACGGACAAACUGUGCAAAUCUGUUCGGAAGUGUAUAGUGUGUGUAAGUGAGGAAGCAGAGGGAAAAACAAGUAAAUGCAGCCAGUGGUAAUCGAUCCGAUCCGUAGUCAACCAAAUCAAAAAAAGUCUGUCGACUACUGUCUAUUACUCCUGAAGAUCGCAAUACAGCUGAUAACCCUUUCGGCUAUUGCAGUCGCUGUCGUUCGUAGUAGUGGCUUAUCCGUGUGCUGCCAGUGUGUGUAUCCACCAGAGUGCGCUUGUGUUUGUCGAAAUCAGCCCAUUUGACAAGUAUCGGGAGAGAGAGAGAGAGAGAGAGAGAGAGAGAGAGAGAAAAUUAUAUAUAUAUAUAUGUAUAUAUAUAUAUGACAAAUAUUAUGUGUGUGUGCACCGUGAACCAGUGUGCGUGCUAGUUAAUCUUGUGGAUGAAUUAAUUGUAAUUAAUUAACAUCAAAUCGAAUGGAUACCUAAAGACUGUCAACGAGUUACUGGACACGCAACAGCAUUGUUGUGGACAAAGAGGAUACCUUUUCAUCGCUGAAACCUGUCCAAUGAAUUUAUAGUGGAUUUGCUGGGCGCGUCCUCGGCCUCGGAGCGGGUCUGACCGACCGAGCGAAACCGCCAUGCUAUUCCGCACCCGCCAAACAGAAUCAGGCCCGAAGGGCGCCAACGCCAUGUUGGCAAGCGUGUGUCGGAGAACGCAUCGCCCUGUGAAGACAGCAUCAGCCAUCAUCUUCGCCGUCUUCGCUGCAGCUCUCAUCAGCCCCGUUAGCUCGGAAGGAAUCAAGAAAAGAGACAAGACGACAUACCUGACGACGUACGCAUGCGAGGGUGGCGUUAUGAACAUCACCUGCGAAGACAGUCACAUCAUACGAUUGAUCCGAGCAAAUUAUGGCCGUUUCUCUAUUUCGCUUUGUAAUCCCCAAGGCAGCCUCGAUUGGAGCGUAAACUGUAUGUCACGACGCUCGUUUCGGGUCGUGCAGAUGUCAUGCGAAAAGAAAAAGUCGUGCACUCUGUCUGCGGCAACGGAGUUCUUCGACGAUGAUCCGUGCCCGGGGACAAAGAAGUAUCUGGAAGCGCACUACCAGUGCGUUCCAGAACUUUCAACCACGACGACAUAUAAACCGCCAUUGAUCAUCUUCCCCCCGUCGAUCACCGGAGGAAAACCGGCGCAUUUGCCGGUGUUCCCGUCACCUCCACCACCGCCCACGCCGUCGACUACGCCCCCGCCAAUAAUUCGGCCUUCAUCGUUAGCGCCGCUAACGGAGGUGCCGAGCUCGGAGUACGACGAAAAGUACGAUGAACCAGAGCCGUCGCCGCAAACACCGCAACCUCCGCCUAUCGCGUCACGGGAGCCGCCGCGCAUCGCUACGUUUUCACCGCCGCUCGGCGGUCGCUCGGAGAUUAAAGUGCCGAAUCCGCUCUACGAGGCGACGAGCACGACGACCACCACAACGACACAGGACCCUACGACAAUCGAUGUUUUCACACGAGAAGGAGCUGGAGUAACUCCAGACGCAGCAGAGACGCCCGUCGGCCGAGAGACACACUGUCCGCCGCGUGUUGUACGAGAUAUGGCUUGGAAUUGGACUCGCGAAGGCGAAAUGGCCAGUCAUCCCUGCCCGAUGGGUAGCGUUGGUCAGGCAAGCUGGCAAUGCGGCUCCAAUCCACCUAUGUGGCUGUCUGAAUUUCCCGACUUAAGCAGCUGCAACUCAGCUUGGGUUCGCCAUAUAGAAGUGAAAAUUCAUGAUGGUUCUGUGUCCGUGGUCAACCUCGCAAAUGAGCUAGCAGAGAAGUCUCAUCUAAAGCCGCUAUUUGGCGGAGAUCUACUGCAUACGACAAGUUUGAUCCAGCAGCUUGUAGCACGCGUUGAAGAUCGCCUGACUGAAUCUACGGAUUCACAUCAGCGCCAGGAGGUUGUUCAGGAGCUUAUGAAUGCCGUCAUCGACUUCGCUUCCAACAUUUUGGAUGAGCAGCAGGCAGCCGCAUGGAAUGACCUUCCUUCUGGCGAACAGCGGGCAGCUGCCUCAACGCUCCUUGAAGCACUAGAGAAAAACGCAGUUCUCAUGCUCAAAAAUCAGUACUCGCCACUCAACUAUAGUCGCGUUCAGAACAAUAUUGUUGCAGCUGUUAAAGUCGUAGCUCAACAUGAGCUGGAGGGUGAUCUUCGAUUCCCCGAACCUCGUGAUAUAGCAUCUACGGAAUGGAUCGAAGCAAAGGAUUCGUUGACAUUACCGCAGUCAACACUGCUAGAGCAUUCACGUGGUGGCCUCGUGAAAGUGGCCUUUUUCUUAUACAAGCGCAUAAAUGCCAUUCUUGGAACUAAUUUCCCGCCAUACACCGGCCUCUAUGGCGAGUAUGAUCCGUCGAACGUGUCACGCGUGGUCAACUCCCGAGUGCUAUCGGCAACUCUGGAUAGACCGCGCCUGGCUGGGUUUGCCCACCCGGUGCGCAUCGUCUUGCAGCAUGAAGUCGCUGAAAACACCACUGAGCCUCAGUGUAUCUUCUGGGACUUCAACAAGCGAGACUGGUCCGCUGAGGGCUGCUGGAUCGAGGACUCAAACGCAACUCAUACGAUUUGCGCUUGCAAUCACCUCACUAACUUUGCCCUCCUCAUGGACGUGCGUCCGAGACCUGCGUCGUAUGGCGGCGAAUCCGCACUGCAGGUGAUUACCUAUAUUGGCUGUUGUGUUUCGAUUGUCUGCCUGUCACUUACGCUGUUAGCGUUGCAGCUCUGCCGCGGCCUGAAGGGCGAUCGUGCUGCGAUUCACAAGAACCUCUGCCUGUGCUUACUACUGGCAGAGAUCGUUUUCGUCCUCGGAAUCCACUGGACAAGCGACCGUAUGACUUGUGGCGUAAUUGCUGGUGUACUGCACUACACGUUUCUAGCAGCGUUCAUGUGGAUGUUCCUGGAGGGCUUUCAGUUGUACGUGAUGCUGAUCGAAGUGUUCGAUUUAGAGAAGUCCCGUUUAUACUGGUAUUAUCCGCUAGCGUACGGAGUACCGGCGGUCAUCGUCGGUGUAUCUGUCGCUGUCGAUCCGUUUAGCUAUGGUACGUCGCAGCAUUGCUGGCUGCGCGCCGAUAACUAUUUCGUCCUCAGCUUCGUCGGCCCGGUCGUGGCGAUCUUGUUUGCCAACCUGGUCUUCUUGGGUGUGGCCAUCUUCACAAUGUGCCGACACGCCAGCUUGGCCAACUCCGUCAAAACAAAGGAAACUUCGAAAUUAUCCAACCUCAGUACGGACGACACCAUACGAAGCCUUCAUCUGGCGAUCUGGAUACGGGGUGCCACCGUUUUGGUAUUUCUGCUCGGACUUACUUGGGCCGUCGGAUUAGUCUACGUUACUUCGGAAUCGGUGGCCCUGGCUUACGUAUUUACUGUGUUGAACAGCAUCCAGGGCCUCUGUAUCUUCGUGUUUCACUGUUUUACUAACGACAAAGUGCAAAGCGAAUACCGAAAAUGCGUUGUCAAUUGCUCCUGGCUGCCAGAAUGUCUUAAAGGGGAGAAAAUGGGUCUGCACGAGCAUAGCGCCGAUGGGGCGCGACUGCCAGCCAACCUCUCGGGACGCGGACAACUUAAUGGCCACCCAACGCUUACGGCACUCACCACGGCAAAUCACCAGACACUAUUAGGACAACAACAGGCAGCUACAGCCGCAACACACACCAUUCCGAGUCAAUUUUGGAACCUUCAGAAAGGCCAGGAGAUCUGCACCACGUCGGGAAUAUAUCCAAGAGCCGCCACGCUGGACCGACGAAACGUCAUCCCAUCCCAGGUUAUUCUAGAUUCAAGUCGCACGACACCCCGUAAUAAUCAACUGCUGCAUCAACAGCAGCAGUUACAGCAGCAUCAGCAGCAGAUAAUAGCCGGUAGCCAAAUGGGUUUGGCACAACUAAACGGUAUAAGUCCGCACCUUACGAGCGCCGGCCCAAAUACGCUAGGCGCGAUUGCUGUUGGCCGCAAGAAGUGUAACACCCUUGGCGGGCAGCUGGGAAAAUCUCGACAGGCACCGCCGCCGCCCUAUGGGCAUUUGGAAGGCAUCGAUCACAUCUACGAGUCGAUAGAUGAGGAUCAAGACCCAAAUGCCAUGGGCCGCCAACAAAUGCUGCAUGCCAUGCACGCCGCCCAAGCCGCCCAACUGCACCAGCAGCUUAACCAACACCAGCUUAACCUCAGCCAAUUGCAACACGACUACAACCUUCAGCAGCAACAGCAGCAGCAAGCGUUGCAUUUGCGUUCGCCCUCCGAAGUGAGUCACCACUCUGACCAGCGGCCGCUCAUUCAGUGGGGCUCUCCUGCCGGUUCAUUUCAGCAGCAGCAUCCCAGCCAUAGCGCACAACAAAACCAACAACAGGGAGUGUACAGCAACCACUCGAGCCAAUUGAGCGGAGAUGGGUCUGCAUCUAAUCCGCUCGUCAUGGCUGUCUUUGACGGCCAACGUGUCGUGUGCCAGAUGCAGCAACUGCAACAGUCGCCAACUGGUCAGACGUCGCCGCCCGCGCCACAGCCCCAAACUCCGCCACAGGGUACGCCCAACCAUCUCAGUACCGAUUGCUGAGCCAUUAAAGGUUGCCGAGUGUCGAGUAGCCACUCUGUCGACCAUAUUAGCUACGUAGAGGAUGGCAAUAGCCGACCAGGGGCGCUAGGAGUGCGGGAGCCGAACGACCUGCCAUAGGAAAAAACAAGCAGCUUGAAAAUUAUGCUAAAGGAGGCUGAUUGUAGUACGUCGUGCAAUGGCUAGGACAAACGUCGGCGCGGGACUUCGACCAUCGAAAUGUCUCUUCGCCGGUCGUUAUACUUGUUGAACGCAUUUGCCCAGCGCUUAAUUCACGCAAGUACGUUAGUCACUCUCGAGGUUAAAGUAAAGUGCCACCACUUGUGUUGCCGAUAGCACCAGCAAAUAACAGAAGUAGGAAUUGUGCUGUCCGAAAUACUUCUGCCCUAAAAAAGUAUGAGAGGCCACUGUGAAGCUGGGGUUCCCACGUGGUUCGACGACAGCCUCGCAUGAAACACACAUCCAUAGCUUGAGGUUACCUUGUUGAGCGAGCUUGGACGGUGCACGUAACGUCACGAAACCAUUCAAUAUGUCAACUAAGUACAUGUGAAUGAGUAAGUGUAAUAUAGAAACCCAAUCCUGUAAAUAUACGCCAAACGCAGAAACACAAGACCGACCUUGAAUAAUAAUCAUGAUGAUAACAAUAUUAAUAAAAUUGAUAAUAACAUCGAUGAUUACAUUAUGUUAAUUGCCAAUGAUUUUAGGCACAGAAGGCACACUACACAGAGAGAAACGUAUAAAGUGACGC